CCUCCCCCGCCAUGGCCGGGGCCAUCGCCUCCCGCAUGAGCUUCAGCUCGCUCAAGCGGAAGCAGCCCAAGACCUUCACCGUGCGCAUCGCCACCAUGGACGCCGAGAUGGAGUUCAGCUGCGAGGUGAAGUGGAAGGGGAAGGACCUGUUCGAUCUGGUGUGCAGGACGCUGGGACUCCGAGAAACCUGGUUCUUCGGGCUUCAGUACACCAUCAAGGACACGGUGGCUUGGCUUAAAAUGGACAAGAAGGUUCUGGAUCACGAUGUUCCCACGGAGGAGCCCGUCACCUUUCACUUCCUGGCCAAAUUUUAUCCUGAGAACGCAGAGGAGGAACUGGUCCAGGAAAUCACACAGCACUUGUUCUUCCUGCAGGUGAAGAAGCAGAUUUUGGAUGAGAAGAUCUACUGUCCGCCUGAAGCUUCUGUCCUGCUGGCCUCGUACGCCGUCCAAGCCAAGUACGGCGAUUACGAUCCCAAUGUCCACAAGCGAGGCUUCCUGGCGCAAGAGGAGCUGCUUCCGAAGCGGGUAAUAAACCUGUACCAGAUGACUCCGGAGAUGUGGGAGGAAAGGAUAACAGCCUGGUACGCAGAGCACCGAGGCAGAGCGAGAGAUGAAGCUGAAAUGGAGUAUUUGAAGAUAGCUCAGGACUUGGAGAUGUACGGAGUGAACUAUUUCGCGAUUAGGAACAAAAAGGGCACCGAACUGCUCCUUGGCGUUGAUGCCUUGGGUCUUCACAUUUAUGACCCAGACAACAGGUUGACCCCUAAAAUCUCCUUCCCGUGGAACGAGAUCCGGAAUAUCUCAUACAGCGAUAAAGAGUUUACGAUUAAGCCAUUGGACAAAAAGAUUGAUGUUUUUAAAUUCAAUUCAUCAAAGCUGCGUGUGAAUAAGCUGAUCCUUCAGCUGUGUAUUGGAAACCAUGACCUCUUCAUGAGACGGAGGAAGGCAGACUCGUUGGAGGUCCAGCAGAUGAAAGCGCAGGCCAGGGAGGAGAAGGCCAGGAAGCAGAUGGAACGGCAGCGCCUGGCCCGAGAGAAGCAAAUGAGAGAAGAGGCUGAGAGGACGAGGGACGAGCUGGAGAGAAGAUUGAUGCAGUUAAAGGAAGAGGCAACAAUGGCCAACGAGGCUCUGAUGAGGUCUGAAGAGACAGCAGACUUGCUGGCUGAGAAGGCUCAGAUCACGGAGGAGGAGGCCAAGCUCCUGGCUCAGAAAGCGGCUGAGGCCGAACAGGAGAUGCAGCGAAUCAAAGCCACGGCCAUCCGGACGGAGGAGGAGAAGCGGCUGAUGGAACAGAAGGUGCUAGAGGCAGAGAUGUUGGCACUGAAAAUGGCGGAGGAGUCGGAGAGGAGGGCGAAGGAGGCUGAUCAGCUAAAGCAGGACCUUCAGGAGGCACGCGAGUCUGAGCGGAGAGCAAAGCAGAAGCUCUUGGAGAUCACCAGCAAGUCGUCCUACACACAGUCCAUGAACUCCAGUACGACAGCGCUGCCUACCGACCUGCCAAGCUUCAACCUCAUCAGCGAGAGCCUCUCCUUCGACUUCAAAGAUACGGACAUGAAGAGGCUUUCCAUGGAAAUCGAGAAAGAGAAGGUAGAGUACAUGGAGAAAAGCAAGCACCUGCAGGAGCAGCUGAACGAGCUGAAAACAGAAAUUGAGGCGCUGAAGCUGAAGGAGAGAGAGACGGCUCUGGAUAUAUUGCACAAUGAGAAUGCCAGCCGAGGCACCAGCAAGCACAACACUAUUAAAAAGCCUCAAGCCCAGGGCAGAAGACCUAUCUGCAUUUGAGACUUCCAACUCACCCUACAGAGCACCAAGUCCCGCGUGG